CGCUGCUCUAUGCUAUGCUGCAGACCUUGCAUAUGUUCCGUGGUGCAGAGUGCCUGUUUCUUAGCGUGAUAUAGUGGAUAUUGUUCAAAGUUCCAAGUUACUAGCAGCAGUAAACAACGACGAGCGCUAGACAGCGCUGUGGAUCGCAAUAAUCGCUGCCUGAGAUGCACUCCAGCCAUUAGAGGACUACAGGUUUUCUGAGGUGUACUGCUUUUCACGCAUUUGAAGCACAAGUCACUCCAGCGAACAUGGACUCCGGCGAUCACAUCCACUUUUCCACACAAUUUGAAGAAAUUCAGUACUUAAAGGAUUUUGUGCAGCGAUUGAUGAACGAGAAGGAUGCUUUACAGAUGGAAUUUGAUGACUACACAUCCAGUUCAGAACAAUUGGAGAAAGAGUACGAGGCUACAAUUGAACAGAAUGAAAAGACUAUCAAGGACCUGCGCUCCAUGCACCAUAGAGAACAGAAGGAAAAGGAUUCCUUAAAAUUAAAGCUGGAACAAACAGUACACGAAAAUGAGCAGCUCCAGAGUGAAGCCGAACAUCUAAAAGAAGAGAAGCUGCAGUUGCAGCGGACUGUGCGAAUACUGGAGCAGAAGAACGAUGAUUUGGAACGCGCGGAGCGAAUGCGCGCCGAGACCGUGGCGGCAUUCGAAUCGUCAUUAAACAACGCGAUUGAACGCAACGCCAUUCUGGAGUCGGAGAUUGACGAGAAGGAAUCGCUCAAGGAGAAACUACAGCGACUAGUCGACGAGACCAGGGAUCUCAAGCAGGAGCUACACAUUAAAGAGCGCUGCCCGGACAACGAGCGCUUGCUUAACCGACCACCACCGCCUCCGACGAUGGCGGUGAACGGCAAUGAGAAUGGCUUGCCGACUGCCAGCCGCGCCUUCGUUGAUUCGAACCGACUCAAGGUCGAGUGCGAGACGCAAACGACGCCGACGAAACGUGAGACCACCUCAAAGAUUUCCUUGCUGGAUACACCGAUGACGGCAUCAUCGCGUGUGUUGGCGCUCAACAUUAUCGGCGACCUGAUGCGUAAGAUCGGCUUGUCACGUUUCCUGUGCGAGCACUGCGGGCAGGUGAAGUGCACGACGUUUUGCCAGCCGCCGCCCGCGCGGCCAUCGCAAUUUCCAAGCAACUCGAGGCCAAGCUAGCGCAUCGCCGACCGGAGUAUCGUAGCAGCACGGAGAAUGUCAGGCGGCGGCAUACGAGUCGAGGCAGAUCAUCGCCAUCUUUGCAGUCCAUCAACAAAUAGGCUGCACGUGCAGCGCUUGCAAUCUGGCAUGUAAAUACGAACGGUGUACAUAUUUAUGUAGGACUAUCUGCAGUAUAGUCCAAAGGGAUGAUGUUACAUUCGGGCGCGAGAUUGGAAUAUUCGGCGACCGCAGCGUGUGAAAUAAUAAUUUAUGUUUUAUAUUUUAAUUUAUUGUAAUUCAGUGCUUCUUUGUUACUGAUUGCUGUCUAGCAAGUUAAGAAUCUAACAUUAGGCACCACAAGUGAACACUGACACACCCACACACAUUGCAACACUGAAACACCAAGUUUAGCAUAAUACAAACUUUGAGAUAAA